AUGAAAUAGGAAGAAUAUAAAUGGAAUGAAAAAUUAUGGAAACCUAUAAUUAGACCUCCAAGGUAUUCAUACAAACUAAGCGGCCUUGGAAGUGAAGCUUUUAUGGUACAAGGUAUUAUCGUUAAAAGAACCGAUUUUUCAAUAAAAAAUAAUCGUAAUCUCAUAUUGCAAUGCAGUUUAUUUGAACCAAUAAAAGUAAAGGAUAAGCCACAUCCCUGCAUCAUAUAUCUACAUGGAAAUUCAGGUUGUAGAAUAGAAUCGCAUUCAAUAAUAGAUUAUGUGAUUCCAUCUUAUAUUUCAGUAUGUGGAAUUGAUUUAUCAGGAUCGGGACAAUCAUAAGGAGAGUAUAUAUCUUUGGGUUAUUGGGAAUCUUAAGAUUAGAAAAAGUAUAUAUUAAUAUAACAUCAAUAGGAUUGUGGGGUAGAUCAAUGGGUUCAGCUACUGCUAUUUUGUCAGCCAGUGAAAACCCAAACUUUCGAGUAAUAGUUUGUGACAGUCCUUUUUCAAAUUUUUAGAUUUUAUGCUAGGAUUUGGCUAAGUCUAGAUAUCAUAUUCCUAAUUUUUGCUUUAAUUGUUGUUGAAGCCCACUUUAAUGUGGAUGAUCUUAACUUGCUUUAAAUAUUAGCAUUAUCAAACGAUCUAUCUAUUAUUUUUUUACAAGCUAAACAGGAUGAAUUGAUAUAGACUAAACAUGCAUCUUUGUUAAUAGAAAAUUUUAGAGGGAAAAAAAAAUUGAUAACUUUUGAUGGAACUCACAAUUCCCUAAGACCAAAGGAAGCAAUGGACGAAACUGUUGAACUAAUUAAGAAAGAAUUUGGAGCGGAAAGUUGGAAUUAAACUACUUUCUAAAAAGAAAUCAAAUUAUCAUCUAGACAUUCUUCUGUAAAUGCCCCAUUGCUGAGGGCAAGUAAAACUAGCAUAAUACCUCAAACAGAAGAUACUGAACAAUGA